CGCGCGCGGCGUGUGUCGCGGCCGGAGCCGCCAUUGUUCCGCCGGGGGAGGACGGCGGGGCCUGGCGCUGGCGCCCCGACGCCGCUUAGCGGCCGCCUCUGGAGACACUCUGUCCCCGCCGCCUCCUGUCCUCCUGGCGGCGGCGGCGGCGUGAGGCCGGCUGCGGGAACCGGGAGACCCUCGGCCCUCCCCGACCCCCCGCUCGGGCGUGCGGGACGGCCGCGAUGCGUUCGGCCUGAGGUGUCGCGGCCCCCGUCGCUUCCCACGACUCCUCGAGCGGCGUCCGUGCGCCCCGGCGUCAUCCCGCGAGUCUGUGUGACGGGAGGGAAGAUGGCUGCACGGAGCUGGCAGGACGAGCUGGCCCAGCAGGCCGAGGAGGGCUCUGCCCGGCUGCGGGAGUUGCUGUCGGCCGGCCUCGGUUUCCUGCGCACCGAACUGGGCCUCGACCUGGGGCUGGAGCCGAAGCGGUACCCGGGCUGGGUGAUCCUGGUGGGCACCGGCGCUCUCGGGCUACUGCUGCUCUUCCUGCUCGGCUACGGCUGGGCCGCGGCUUGCGCCGGCGCCCGCAAGAAGCGGAGGAGCCCGCCCCGCAAGCGGGAGGAGACGUCCGCGUCAGCCCCGGCCCCCGAAGACCCAGCCCAGCUGAAGACUCUCAGAAGCGACGAGCAGAAGAAGAAGAACCGGAAGAAGCCGCCAGAAAAGCCCAAAUCAAAUGGACGGACCGUUGAAGUACCUGAGGAUGAAGUUGUUAGAACUCCUCGAAGUAUAACAGCAAAGCAGCCACCAGAGACAGACAAGAAAAAUGAAAAGUCAAAGAAAAAUAAGAAGAAAUCAAAGUCAGAUGCAAAAGCAGUGCAAAACAGUUCACGCCAUGAUGGAAAGGAAGUUGAUGAAGGAGCCUGGGAAACUAAAAUUAGUCACAGAGAGAAACGACAACAGCGUAAACGUGAUAAAGUGCUGACUGAUUCUGGUUCAUUGGAUUCAACUAUCCCUGGGAUAGAAAAUACCAUCACAGUUACCACCGAGCAACUUACAACUGCAUCAUUUCCUGUUGGUUCCAAGAAGAAUAAAGGUGAUUCUCAUCUAAAUGUUCAAGUUAGCAACUUUAAAUCGGGAAAAGGAGAUUCUGCACUUCAGGUUUCUUCGGGAUUGAAUGAAAAUCUUACUGUCAAUGGAGGAGGCUGGAAUGAAAAGUCUGUGAAACUCUCCUCACAGAUGAGUGCAGGGGAGGAGAAGUGGAACUCUGUUCCACCUGCUUCUGCAGGCAAGAGAAAAACAGAGCCGUCUGCUUGGACUCAAGACCCUGCUGAUGCUAAUGCCAAUGGGAAAGACUGGGGAAGGAACUGGAGUGAUCGUUCGAUAUUUUCUGGCAUUGGGUCUACUGCUGAGCCAGUUUCUCAGUCUACCACUUCUGAUUAUCAGUGGGAUGUUAGCCGUAAUCAACCCUAUAUCGAUGAUGAAUGGUCUGGGUUAAAUGGUUUGUCUUCUGCUGAUCCCAGCUCAGACUGGAAUGCACCAGCAGAGGAGUGGGGAAACUGGGUAGAUGAAGAAAGAGCUUCUCUUCUGAAGUCCCAGGAACCGAUCCCUAAUGAUCAAAGAGUCUCAGAUGAUGAUAAAGAAAAAGGAGAGGGAGUUCUUCCAACUGGAAAAUCUAAAAAGAAGAAAAAGAAAAAGAAGAAGCAAGGUGAAGAUAACACUCUCUCACAGGACACAGAAGAACUAGAAAAAGACAAUGGAGAAGAGCUUCCUGUGAAUACCUCCAAAGCCCAUCCAAAACAGGAGAGAGUGUUUUCCCUGAAGACCAUGAGCACUAGUGAUCCAGCUGAAGUACUCGUCAAAAAUAGCCAGCCUAUCAAGACUCUUCCACCUGCUGUCUCUACCGAGCCAUCUGUCACCUUAUCCAAAGGUGACUCUGACAAGAGCUCUUCCCAAGUGCCAUCGAUGUUACCAGACACAGACAAACCCAAGUCAAAUCCUAAGCAAAAUAGUGUGCCUCCCUCACAGACCAAGUCUGAAACUAACUGGGAAUCUCCAAAACAAAUAAAAAAGAAGAAAAAAGCCAGACGGGAAACGUGAAUUUUUUUUUUCCUGAAUUGGACAUGUGUUUACAAACACUGUCUUGAAGAUUAUGCUGUUUAUGCAAUAAUUUGUGAACAUGUACAGAGUUUUAUAUAAAUUUAAACCAAUUUUUAAAACAAAACUGAAUUCAACACCAUAAAAUGGAAUCAAAGGAAAGUUAAUUUAUGAGAUUAAGAGGUGAACAGAAUACAUACUACAGUGCUGGAAGACACUUGGGAGAAUCUUUUCAAUUGAAGAAUAUUAUCUGGUUUUACAACAGUUCCCUGUUUACAACAGAUUGUGCCCUCUCAUCUGCAGCUGAGGAACAGUGGAUUCUGAUUAGAAAGAAGGCCGCCUAGAAACCAGUAGGCAGCUCCUUGGAACUUAUGCACGAACUUAGACCAUUUGAAUCUGUUUUAUGCUUAAAUCAAAGUGCUUCGAUCAAAUGCGUGAUCUGCCAUAUCUUUACAUAUUUGUUGUAGCAAUUUGUAUGAAAAGAAUCACAAGUGCAAAUAAAGAGGCAUCUAUCAUUUGUUAACUAAACUGUCUUGGUUUAGUUUACAGUUCUUAAAAAGUUCUUAAUUAAAACAUUGAAAAAUGCAAUUGACUUGUAUGGCUUAAAAAGUUAUUUUUGAUAGUCUUACAUUACUUGAAUUAUUCAAAGUAACAGUAUAUUUUAAAUUAAGAAAGGUAAACUAUAUUAUUUGUUCAAUAUGAUUAAGACUGAGACUAACAAAUAAUGCUCUUGUUUAUGAUUUGAAAACUUGCAGGCAAAAUCCAAACUUAAUAUUUUCCUUUCCCUAGCAGUUUUUCCAGUGUCAAUUCUUAGUUGCUAGUAAUUUUUUUUUUACUUUGAAAAUGAAGUAAUUUACAACUUUUGAACAUAUGAUGGAGAACGGAAAAGUAGUCAGACAGCUUUAAUUGACAUUGUCGAGACCUCCAGUUAUCAGGAAUACAUUUUUUACUGCCUUAACCUGUAGUGCGCAGAAUAUGCAUCAGUUUCUUGAAGGGGAUUCAUGUUUUUCUAAGAAUUUUCAUGUACCUAUUGCAAUUGUGGUCAAAAAAGGAACAUUUUCUGCUUGAAACUCUUGGUUUAGAUGACGUGUGUUCUGUCACCGUUUUCAGGCACUGUGUGAUCUCCAGGAAACUGGCAGGCCUAACUGUUGAUGGUGCAUGCGUGGCCAUGUGCACUGUAAAUAGCCUUUACCAACCGUGUUCGACAAGGACCACACUUAACACCACUUACGAAUCGUGAUAAGAAAAAAGCCAUGGUUUAUUGAUGUGAGUGGCGCCGGGAAAGAACCUGAUUAAAAGCUAUAACCAAUGGUACUGAUCUAUCCAUCAAAAUUGUCUUUCUGUUUGACUGUAGUUUAAUGAUAUUUUCAGCUGGGAAAGCUACCAGAUGUAAAAUGGUUUAGUUCUGCUGAAGACUGGCCUUACUAAUGGACAGCUUUCCUCACAAGCAAUUAACAGCCUUUUUUCAGGUGUUAGCAUCUGUUUCAGGAACACGGCAGUGUGUUUACAUGUCGUCAGAAGUGUUGUUUGAAUGGGAUUUCUAAAUUAAUUAACUUGUUUAAAUAAAUUCAGAAAUGGAUAGCAUUGUUUUUAUUUGCUUCGCUAUUGGGGUAAAUAAUAGCUGAUACGCCAGGAUUGGAGCCUUCAGGUGGCUCUGUGAACUUCACGUUCCCUCAGGGGGGCUGCCACGUUGUGUCCCCGGGGGACUUGGAUGAGGAGUCUGCACUUUCAGAGUGUGCCAAAAGGUCAGUGCUCAGAAGUUUAGUUGAACUCUCUCAACUCUACCUCACUGUUCCUUUUUCUUUUAAUUCUUUGGGCUAGGUCAAACGUGAAACUUUAUUUUUCCCAAUUCAGUCACUUCCUGUAGGAGGGCGGCACCUCACACCAGGUACCAACAAUACCGUCUUCGUGAGCAGCAAUGUGUCAUGGGAGUAGACCAAGCACAGUGGUACCCUGGGUGGGUCAGUGUGGAGAUGGCCUCUGUGCCUUCCUUCUCUCUGGCUUAUGAGCCAGGCUAUUUUGUUUUUCAGAAGGCAGCUAUUCAAGUGUUCGUUGCUCGUUGCCUCUUUAUUGAUCUUUAUGUAGCAGGACAGUGAUUUCUUGUCACUAAACAGAGGAACUGGUUUCUGUCAUCAACCCAGAAAACACUGAAACCUAGGUAAUGGCGAUUAAGGGGGUGGCAAUAAAGAGGGUCCCUAAAGCCACCUGCCUCCCUGCCAUGGGUGUGGCCAUAUCAGAGUUCUCCAACUGCAUUCUCCCCAUCCGUGCCCUAAAUUGAGAAACAGUUGAGAGAGUCCAAAAAGAAAGUAUUGAAAUAAAAUUUCAUUAAUGUAAUUUACCAUGUUUAAUUUGUGCAUGUAUUUUAUUGGGGAGGGGAAGUUGGAAUAAUUUAUCCAAACCUAAUGGUAUUAUUUCAUAGGUUAAUCCAGUUUGUAUUUGAGUUAAAGUUCCCAGAGGGUAUUAAUUAAUUGCAGAGUUUAGUUUUUCUUAAUUGAAAACAGUCCUCUAUUAAUAUAGUAUGAAAUAUCAAAAUUUAGCAGUUAGGUUCUAAAGUGUCUAAUGGCUGUCUUAAGGUUUUCCUGUAAACUCAUUGCACAAACUGGAAUUGGAAUUGCUUUCAAAAGAUUUGGGGAAUGAAAAUAUGUCAUGUGUAAGAUGCACUGAGUGUUGUAAAUAAAACAAACCGGCUUUGUUUUGUUUAAA